AUGCCUGCUGGAUGUCCAUUCACGCAUUCGGGUAUGGGACAGUUCCGAGAGAUUCACAAAGCAUUUGUGGCCUUUGGUCGCGUUAACUCGCUUCCCGAGUACUAUGGCCCAAAGGUGAAAAAUGAUCUGAAAAUAACACCGAAGCAAAAGCCGACGAUAGUGGGGAUGUUCAUUGUAUCAAUGAAUGAAGAAAAUCCCUUUUAUGAAAAACCAACGGUGGGCAACUUAGCAAUCCUAUCUACUGAAAGGCAGUCAAAGCUAGGAAAUUCCACAUUUUCUAUUUUGAGGGCUCCACGGAGUGUUGCGCAAUGGGCCGCCGAUCAUGAUUCAGAAACACCUAUCAAACAUAUUGAACGUCUUGUACAAAUUUAUCUUGCUACCUUAAACAUAGACUAUGAAAUACGGAGCUGGCUAGAUCCGCCAUUUGAAUCCACGUCUGAACAUUCCACUGCCGCCCAAAAUUACGGAUAUAUGGACAGCUGUCGUGAAAGAAUUGAGGUACCAAACAUCUAUGCACUAUGUUUGCCAAAGUUACUAAUAUAG